AUGAAUUAUGUUUUAAAACUACUUUUUCUUGCCGGGCUAUACAUAUUUGUUUAUAUUAAUGCCUCGGAAGAUAUAGAAACUUUGGUUUCAACCCAUGGUGAUUCUGAAUCACCUACACAUUAUAGUGAAAUCACAUUAGAUGCCAGUUGUGGAAGCAGUAAUGAAUACUUAGUUGUUGAAGAUAAAAAAUACGGUGGCCAAAAUUUUCGAACUUACACCACUACACAUUCGAACAUAAUCACGACAGUUAACUAUAAAAAAUUCGUAGUUUGGAAGGCAGAGGACGGAGAACACUCAAAAUUUGUAAGAAUAAGAAAAAAAUCAGGCAAAGAUAGAAUCCUUGUUAUAGAAACAGUACGUAACGGUUCUAAUACAACAAAAACAUUCACAAAAACUCGUGGUAUUUAUCAUGAAUUAGGCACAGUUGCUUUAAACAUCAACGACAAAAACAAACCUGAUUACACAUUUACUUCUACUGUUAAGGAUAACAAUGGAGAAAACACAUAUACUCCCAAAGAUAAUAAAAAGAUUGGUUUAGUUUUUUUAAAAUCGUGUUGUUCUAGCGCUCAACUGUUUUGGAAGGCUACUGGUAAUUGGUAUUGCACUAAAGUCACAACCACUAUACAAUCAGGUAACCUUGUUAAGAUAACUCUAGAUACAACCGAUGGUUCCAAUACAUCCGAGGUUGUUUUAAUAGACCAAGGUGGAGGAAUAUGGGUCCCAGAUAAGACCGUUUAUCUGGAUGUAAAGACGAAAGAAGAUGCUCCAAAUUGCAAUUAUACUUCAAGUAUAACUAACAAUAAUGGUACUUACACAUAUGAGCCUGAAGAAGGCUUUAGUAUAAUUAAAGUUUCUCAUGGUUCCGGUUCAGAUGAUUUGAUUUGGGAAUCAUCUUCCGAUCUCUUUUGCAUAAAAGUAACUGGAACAGUUGAAUCUGACAAAACGACUAAGCUUAACCUGGUUCUGAAAAAUUCCAGCAACAAAGAAAUUAGUAAAGUUUUUUAUCCAUACGGCAGUAGUUGGAUUGAGGGUAAUGCUGAAAACAACAAAGACCUCUAACUAUUAAUAUUUGGUGUAAAAUAGCGUUUUAAUAAAAUUUCUGUAAAAAUAAUAUUUAAUGUAGUUUUUUUAUA